UCCGGCCCCUGGGUGGGGAUUGGUGUGAUUGAUGGUCACCUCCGGAGAGGCGCGUACGCUCGCUCGGCGCAUUUGUCACUCGCUCCGGUGUCUUUCCCCACGCGAGCACGCAGCCGCUUUCAUCGAUUACGCACUCAUCGUCAAACGUUAUCGAUGAGGACGAAGUGACCCGCGAAAUCGUUCGCGUACCGACCAAAGGAAUUUCGCUCCUCUUUUUUUUUUUGUUGUUGUUGCUUUUUCGUGAUUGUGGAAAAGUUUUACCAACGGACGCAGCUGGAGUCCGCGGAUGGGAAGAAGCCGGAGGCGACAAACGCACUUUAUUCCGGAGCUCCCCCAAUAUGGCCCCGCAGACACUGAGGAGGUGAAGACCGCCACGCUUGCUUCCCUCAACGCCUCCUUGCCGCAACUCACUCCCAGCGCCAGUUCCCCCGCGUGCGAUCCCACAUGGCGUCCAGUCUGACGUGCGCCGGCGUGGUGUGGGCGCUGCUGUCCCUGCUGUGCGCCGCCGCCUCCUGCGUGGGCUUCUUCAUGCCCUACUGGCUGCUGGGCACACAGAUGGACAAGCCCGUGUCUUUCGGUACCUUCCGCCGAUGUUCGUACCCGGUGCGCGACGAGGAGCGUCAGGCCACCGUCAUGCUGGAGCAGUGCGGCCGCUACGCCUCCUUCUACGGCAUCCCGAGCCUGGAGUGGCGCAUCUGCACGGUGGUGACGGGCGUGGGUUGCGGCCUCCUCCUGUUGGUGGCGCUCACCGCUCUCAUGGGUUGCUGCAUCUCCGAGCUCAUCUCGCGUACUAUCGGUCGCGUGGCCGGAGGCAUCCAGUUUGUCGGAGGCCUGCUCAUCGGAUCCGGCUGCGCACUUUAUCCACUCGGAUGGGACAGCGAGGAAGUGCAGCAGACGUGCAGCAACAGCUCGGACCAGUUUCAGCUCGGUUCCUGCCAGAUCGGCUGGGCCUAUUACUGCACGGGAGCCGGGGCGGCAGGCGCCAUGCUGCUGUGCACCUGGUUGUCGUGUUUUGCCGGCAAGAAGCAGAAGCAGUACCCGUACUGAAGUUCGGAGGAGCCGGCAUUGCGAGCGGCUCUAAUGACACGGCGUGACGGCGCUACUACGGUGUACAGCGAGGGACAAACUGCAGGGACUCUUUCAUAAUGCAGCACACAUACACACAGAAGCGCAUACACUACUCUCAGAAGGUUAGGGAUGCAGUGAACCCCCGCAUAGUCGUGGUUCGGCAUUUGCAAAUUCGCAAAUUUGCUGAUUUGAUUUGAUUUUUUUUAGCUCAGGACGAAGCCGUGUCGAAUUCAAAAAUAUUGCUUUGGUGUCAUCUGGUGGCAUGUUGGUGCCAAGAACUAUGUGGAACUAAGGGGAGGAGCUUCAUUUAGUCAGGACACAUCCUUGUCUAAAAGAAAAAUGUGCUUUGCAAGCCACUUGUGCCGUCUGUAGGCAAUUACAAACCUUUUUGAGUGGGCACCAAUUACUCGCUGAUUUCCGCAUUUCAUGGCAGGGCCCGGUCUCCAUUCCUACGAGUAGAGGGGCUUCACUGUAUUCGUCUUUCAGGUGAAAUUUCAGGAUGAACCUAAAAGGCACUACUAGAACCUUAACAGUUGAAAUCACUUUGAGGUUCUCUAAAUUGUUUGUAAUUGAUUGUUCAACUUUGAACGUUUCAGAACCUUUUGCGCAACUGGUUGUUCUGAAACAAGGAACUGAAUGGCAAAAUUCACAACAGGUGUUUGAUCUAUGAACAUUUCCAAGGACGUCCACUUCUUUGCCUUUCUGUGACUCUUCCAGUCUCUCUGAAGCUCUGUUGGAACCUGCAGACAGUGGCGGUUUCUGUUAUGGGCGAUAUAUGUGGCCUCACUGGGCGGCAUCCCCGACCGACCCCCUCAAAAACUACAUGUAAAUGGUUGGCUUUUGUAUUGAGAGUCUGCACAGACAUUUUGCUAAUAAAUAAAGUGAGAGGGCAUCAAUGUCGAGGAAGUAGGACAACAGCUCUGUAUUUGGGCGGAGAAAAUAAAGGUAACUCGUUGUCGGUACGAAGGAAAACAACAGCACAAAUGAAACGACUAUUAGCACUUUGGUAAAAUACAAACAGCAGACAAACUUUGCGAGUGAGUUUUGGUCAAUUCGUGGAUGAAAACAUCUGUUGUGAAUUUUGCCGUUCUGCUCCUUCUGAGAGAAAGUUGAGCAAAAAGUAUUGGCAAAUUGAGCAGUUGGAAAUGUGCGUUCAAAAGUUUAAAGCGGCUCAAAUUAAAUUCACCUGUAAAGGUUGUAGUUCAUUUUUAGGUUGAUCCUGAACUUUCCCCCAAAAGUGUAUUUUCACGCACAGCUUUGAAAUCUUCUCUUAAUAUGUGGACCAACCUGUUUGUAAUCCUUUAUUUAACGACUUCUCUUUCUCUUUGACUUUCCCUCUUGAUGUUUUUGUGUCCUGUAAUGAAGACUUAAGUCAGAAUAAUAUUUCUGACUUCAUUGUACCGUGAAGUGUUCCUGUGUCUUACUCGCCUUAAACACCACCUCCCGAGAUGCAAUAAUCCCCCGACAAGCUUCUCCAGCUCCCAGUCCCCUUCAAAAGAAGGAUGUGUAUCAUAUAUGUUGUGUAUGAUAAUGUAUUUUUAUCAUAAUAGCACGUUUUGUUUGGUUUUGUAUUCACGCCUCAAAUGAUUCUGUUUUGUAAAUAAAUGUUUAUGGAAAACGUG